GGGAUGCCGGCAGGACGGGGGGCGUCUGAGAGGUCGAAGUGACGGCGCUGCGGGCUGGGGGGAGAAGUGCGCUCCCGCUGCCCGAGGGCCAGGUGCUACUGGCCAGUACCCUCAGAAAAGCAACCAUCUCCCCAGCCCACCAUGGCGGACGAAAUUGAUUUCACUACUGGAGAUGCUGGGGCUUCCAGCACUUACCCUAUGCAGUGUUCGGCCCUGCGCAAAAACGGCUUCGUGGUGCUCAAAGGACGACCGUGCAAAAUAGUGGAGAUGUCAACUUCCAAAACUGGAAAGCACGGUCAUGCGAAGGUUCACCUUGUUGGAAUUGAUAUUUUCACGGGCAAAAAAUAUGAAGAUAUUUGCCCUUCUACUCACAACAUGGAUGUUCCAAAUAUUAAGAGAAAUGAUUAUCAACUGAUAUGCAUUCAGGAUGGUUACCUUUCCCUGCUGACAGAAACUGGUGAAGUUCGGGAGGAUCUUAAGCUGCCAGAAGGUGAACUAGGCAAAGAAAUAGAAGGAAAAUAUAAUGCAGGUGAAGAUGUACAGGUGUCUGUCAUGUGUGCAAUGAGUGAAGAAUGUGCUGUAGCCAUAAAGCCCUGCAAAUAAAUGGGAACAUCAGGCAUGAGCAAAAUGUUUAGGUCUGGAUCAACUGCAGAUCUAAAGUUUGGUUCUAAGUUGUCACCAAAGCUAUGGCGUUCAUAAGCAACCUCAUUUCUUUUUUAAUUGUUUUGAAAUUGUGCUGAGUUAGUUUUGCAGGCAAUUCGUAAUUUUAAAAAAUGAUCAAGAUGUAUAAUUCUUUUUUUAAAAUUUGGUAGGUGUCUUUCCUAUAACUUUCCUGUGGUUUUCACUAUGUAAGUCUAAGAAACAGACAAGAUAGCUUCAGCAGAUGUGAUUUGUCUGAGUAAAUCGUUCCUACAUUUUAGUUAAAUGAUAAAUAAACCAGGGUUUUAAAUCAAACAAUGUAGCAUCUAGUGGUAUUGAAGCACCACAAUUAAGUUGAAUGGCUCUGCAUUAAUUUCAAACUUAAUACCAUAGAACAAGUAGAUUAUGGAUUGGAAUUGUCAGAGUUUCAGCAUGGGUGUGGCAAGUACAGAUCCUUAAACAAAAAUCAUGUUAUGAAAAAGUGCCAGUUAUCUUAGUAACCAUGUGCAGCCCACCUGUAUUACCUCAGUCAUUCUGUUCUUUGCCAAAUUGCUGGUACACUUAAUAUAACCUAUAUUAUGGUGAUUUUAGUACUUUCUUGUGGUUGACAGAGGCAUUAAACUGUUUUGUGACUGUUAGCAAGUCAUAUUGUAAGGAAGACACAAAGGACAGUGGCAAAGGAUGUUGGUUAAAGCUAUAGGUUUUUAUUUGUGGCCUUUGUAUUCAACAUAAAAAUAGGACGUUUCCAUUUGUGUUUUGCCUUUAACUCUUGUUUUUUCUCUCUAUUUAAAGGAGUGACAUGCUUUACAGGAUACUAUGCAGUACUUUUUAUCAAUUAUGUUGAAUAAAUGUUGGUAUUUGUAGUAGUCACUCCUUUCCAGCCAUUUUUAAGUAGACUUUUUUUUUUUUUUUUUUUGCGGUACGCGGGCCUCUCACUGUUGUGGCCUCUCCCAUUGCGGAGCACAGGCUCCGGACAUGCAGGCUCAGUGGCCAUGGUUCACGGGCCCAGCCGCUCCGCGGCACGUGGGAUCUUCCCGGACCAGGGCACGAACCCGUGUCCCCUGCAUCAGCAGGCGGACUCUCAACCACUGUGCCACCAGGGAAGCCCAAGUAGACUUUUUUGACAUCAAAAUAUUUGUUAGACAAAACUGGAAAUUCUUACUUUAAAUUGAUUUGGAACAUUUGUUAAAUUUAUGUAUGUUUUUUCUAACAUGAAAGUGAAUCAGAAGAAAAGUCACUUUAUAUGAUUAUUAUUUAACUUAAGAAGUAUAUGUAUUUUAUCUGAUUGUCAUGUGACUUAAUUCAGUUACUGGUGUGAAAUAUAUCUAGGAAAGAAUUCUAUAAACAAUUAUUUUAAAAAGUAUUUUAGGUGAUUCUGCUACAUUUCUGUUUAGUCUUUUGGAUCAUAUAUCUCUAUAUUUCCAGAAUUCUAGGCAUUGUCACAGGGUUUGUGAGGACCUUUGACUCAAUACCAGUCAUUAUAUUGCAGUGAAACUUAGAACAAAAUCACCAUUUCAGUAAUAACUUCAUUCUCUAAGACUCAUUAUGAGACCUCUCCCAUCAUACUUUGACUUCUAAAAGGCCUUUGUACCUAUCAUCUAGAGGAAAAUAUGUAUGAUGCUGUAACUGGUCUACUCAGUGACUGGAAAUAGCAUUAGGAGCAGAAGAUCCCAAAGUUUUAGUUACUUAAUUUGCACACACUUUUAAAUAUUUUAUUGGCCUCAGCAAACCCAUUUGCAGAAGAAGCAAGAUACUUUAAGGAAAUGCAAGAGGAAUUCUAAAGCACAAGAAAUAUUGAGGUUGUAGUUAAUCAUUUUUAGUAAACAUUUUAGUUUUUGCCCAUCCAAAGCACAGUUAGUAACUAGACUAAAUUCUUUCCAGUAUUCCAUUUAAGUAUCUACUACAUACUGCUCUAGUUUUUUAGUACUCUGUAAUAUGUAUCUUACUUGUGACUGGUUGACAUUGUUACCCACAGGAACUCCAAAAAGUUAUCAAUCUGUGUUACUUGCUGGUCAUUCAUAUGACCCCAGUUAACCACACUAGUGUUCUGGUUUCGUAUUAAUUCUGGAUUGGCAUGCCCUUGUUCUUCAUAAUUUGUCAAACAUCACAUAAAUAUAUUUUCAAUUGUGAGGUAAGUGUAUAUACAUUUUAAUAAUGCAUCUGUACCUUCAUAUCUUGAAUGGCAAAAGCUAUUUAUGCUUAAAUAUUUCAUUUUAAGUACUAUAAUGAAGUGUAAAUACUCUUCUGUCACAUAAAUUAAUUAUAAGUAUAGAUUUUAAAGAUAUGGGACUGUUUAUUUUCACAUUAGUCAGUACAUGUUUCUCCAGAACAAUAUAUUUCAUUUAGAAAAGCUUUAUAAAUUGUAUUAAAAGGAAGCAGGAAACAUAUUUUUGAACAGAACAGAAGUGACUUCAUUCUUUUUUGACAUCAGAAAUGUUAAAAGUUGAUUUCUAGUAUUUGUUUUACUUUUUUAUAGCAAAUGUUAAAUGUCAAAGUUACCAUGUACAGAAUGUAGACUGUCACAUUGAUAGAUUAUACAGUGAUACCUUUUUGUCUGUAGGUAUUUCACCAAUUUAUAUACAAUAUUAUAGUAGCAAGUGGAAUAUUUGUUUCUUUCUAGAACAACAUAUUUUAUUUCUACUGUGAAGACUUUGUUGUACCUUAUUUGCUACAAAGUUGUAUACCCUCUGAAAUAGAUCAAAUUAUUGCUACUUUGACUUAGCAUUUGCAUCAUAAACAUAAUUAUGAUGUUUCUUUCAUGCUCCCCUCCAAGGGCUGUCAGUCACUUGAAAUUGUUGCUAACCAAGGUCUUGAAUAGGUUUCCAUUUAUGGUACAAAAUUCUGUACCAAUGCUUUAUAACAAUUAUCAGAACUCUCCUGCAGCCAGAGCAUGAAAUCUUUAAUAGGAGAUGCUGCAAUAAAAUAUUUAGGCUAUAAAAUUUGGGGACACAACUUUUCAUUAUAGCACAAUGAGUGUGCAUGUGCACACAUAGCUUUGUACGUUUGUUCUUUUUACAAAGUCAUUCCAACUCUUAAAAGUACUGUAGUCUGGUAGUGCCUCAAAUGUUGGUAACUUUUUUGUUCUUAAUUUACAGCUUUUCCAGAAUUUGUUUUUGUACUUUAAAGUUUCUCAAUUAGAUUAUUUCUAGUUGAACUGUAAAUUGAAUGCAUUGUUCUCAGGGCUGUUUGUGCUAAGUGCUGAAGUUUCAUUAUUUCAAAGCUAACUGCCUGAAAGUAUAUUGCAAAUUUUUCCCAAAUUGUAAUAGAGUGAUACAUACAAACAAAAAUCCGUAAUAUCAACAUACUUAAACCAUAUACUAAAUAUUCAAGAAAAAAAUGGGAACAUUAGUAGCAUCUAUACUGGAAUCUUGCCAUAUUU